UUGUUUUCCUUUUCACAGUCCAAAGGUCGAGGUCGUUCCCAUUAAGCCGGUGCUUCCAAGUUACGGUUAAGUUUUCCGAAAAAAGCUGAUAUGGCAUUUGCAGCCAAUGUACUAGCAAGGUCCUUCUCAACGUCUGUAGGACGCCAGGCGGCUAUUAAGCACGUCACUGUUAUUGGUGGAGGUCUUAUGGGAUCAGGCAUUGCUCAGGUGGCAGCACAGUCUGGGCAUAAUGUCACUAUGGUUGAUGUCUCAGAAGAAGUCUUAAAGAAGUCACAGGCCAACAUUGAGAAAAGUUUGAUGAGAGUGGCAAAGAAGAAAUUUGCAGAUAAGCCAGAGGAAGGUCAAACCUUUACCAAAGAAGUACUGAGUCGUAUCAGUGUGAAUUCAGACCCUGCUCAAGCUGCCAAAUCUGCAGACUUAGUAGUGGAAGCCAUAGUGGAAAAUAUAGACAUCAAACAGAAGUUGUUUAAAACCUUAGAUGAGAAUGCACCUCAACAUACCAUAUUUGCCAGCAACACGUCUUCCCUGCCAAUCAAGGACAUUGCCAAGGCAACACAGAGGCUUGACAGAUUUGGAGGACUGCACUUUUUCAACCCAGUGCCAGUGAUGAAGUUAGUGGAGGUGAUACGCAUUCCUGAGACCAGCGAUGAUACUUUCAAGUCUUUGGUUGCAUUUGGACAAGCUGUUGGCAAAACUACUGUGGAGUGUAAGGACACCCCUGGGUUUGUGGUCAACAGGCUGCUUGUCCCAUACAUGGCAGAGGCUAUCAGGAUGUUAGAGAGAGGUGAUGCCACUGCCAAGGAUAUAGAUGUAGCCAUGAAGCUAGGAGCUGGCUAUCCUAUGGGACCAUUUGAGCUGUCAGACUAUGUGGGGUUAGACACCAUGAAGUUCAUUCUGGAUGGCUGGAGUGAAAAUUUUCCUGACCAGCCACUGUUUAAAUCGAGCCCUUUGUUGGAUAAAAUGGUAGAAAAUGGUAAACUGGGAAUGAAGUCAGGAGAGGGUUUUUAUACCUACAACAAAAAAUAGCUCUGGACGGUGAGGAAUUCAAAACCAGCCUCUGAAGUCACAAGAACUGGGGUCAUGAGGACAAGGCAGUACGGAAUAAGGGGUUUUCGGGUUAUAUGAUGCAUAUGUAAAUGGACAUGAAUGAUGGCCUAUAUAAAGCAAUAGAAUUAUGUGCCCUUCAGCAGGACAUUUGAAUCAGUAUUACAGUGUACUGGUAAUUCAACUGUGAUUUUUACACAAUUACAUUCAGUGACACUGAAAUUAUGCAUUUGUGGUGAUUGAAAAUAUAUAAAAGAAUAAAACUAUUCACUUUA